UGUGUUCACUGCUGUGUGUGUGCACUUUGGAUGGGUUAAAAUCAGAGCACGAAUUCUGAGCAUGGGUCACCAUACUUGACUGUAUGUCAUUAAUCAUGAAAUGUUUCACUAAAGAAUUUGUUUUAACAUUUACAAUUACCCCAUAGAUGUGUUUGGUCCUUGGUACGACCAUGUCAGUGGAUGGUGGGAGAAAGAACAGACAUAUUCUAACCUAAUAUACAUGUUCUAUGAGGAUUUGGUUGAAGACACAGGACGUGAGGUGGAACGUUUGUGUUCCUUCUUGGGUUUGUCCAUUUCAGCUGAACAGAGGGAGAAAAUAACAAAAGGGGUUCAGUUUGAUGCCAUGAAACAGAACAAGAUGACCAACUAUUCCACUCUCCCAGUCAUGGAUUUCAAGAUCUCACCCUUCAUGCGGAAAGGUAAAGUUGGAGACUGGAAAAAUCUUUUCACCGUAGCACAAAAUGAACAGUUUGAUGAGGUCUACAAAGUAAAAAUGAAGAACACCACUCUCAAGUUCCGCACUGAGAUUUAAUACUAGAUCUAGGUCUUCUGCCAGAAUAAUAAUAAAAUAAUCAAGUCUGACAGAAGCCUAAUUAAGACUUCUCUGUUUUGACUUAGACUUACACUUUUUUCCCAGUGUAAUACUGUAUGCAGAAACAACUAUUACUAUGCCAUUCACAGGCUGAUUUGUUUAUAUAAAACCAGUGGAAACACUUCACAUUAACUUUCAUUAAUAAAUCAUUGUAAAACACUGUAUAAUGCUUAACAGAUCAUUAGUUAAUAAAUAUUCACAUAGCUAUGAUACAAUGUGCUUG